AUGGGAAAAUUAGUACAUAACGUCCAGAAAAAACAACACAGAGAAAGAAGUCAAAUCUCGAGUAGGGCAAGAUUUGGGCUCUUGGAGAAAAAAAAAGAUUACAAACUCAGAAGUGCCAAUUUUCAUAAAAAUCAGGCUAAACUUAAACUACUGAAAGAAAAGGCAAAGUCAUACAAUGAAGACGAGUAUUAUCAUGCAAUGAAAAACAAGAAAACCAACGAAGACGGGAUUUUGAUUCAGGAACGUGAAUUUUCACAGAGUUUAACAAAUGAUCAGGUCCUGUUGAUGAAAGGCCAAGAUUUGAACUAUCUUAAUAUGAUAUCUUCCAAGGAGAGUAAAAAGAUUGAAAAGGGACUGAAUAAUUCGAACCUAUUUGCUGGAAAUGGUAAGCACACAGUUUUUGUUGAUGAUAAAAACAAGUUCGAUAAUUUUAAAUCCGAAGAAUACUUUCAAACAGAAAAAGAAUUGUUGGGGAGACGAGAGAAUCGUUUGAAGCUCGAUCAACUAAUUAAAAACGACAUUGACUUAGGGCAGGAUGCAGAAAGCUUAGAAGAUGCUUUGGCAUACAAGAAGAGAGAAUUGGAUGUUCUUAAACAAAGAAUCCAAAGGGAGAAGAAACUCGGUGAAGUUAGAAGCAAACUUCAGUUACAGAAAGAAUUGAUGAAGUCAGGCUCUAAGAAAAAGAUUAACAAGAACGGAAACGUAGUCUUCAAAUGGAAGAACCAAAGGAAGCGUUAA